AUGGACAGUGCGGCGGAAGCGGAUACUCGGGAAGUACUACCUGUGCCUCAGGGUUUGUGUGUGUUGCGCAGAACGAUUUCUACUCCCAAUGUAUUCCUGGGACCGCAACUGACCACAGCUCAGGCAGCUUCCUCAACUUCAAACGGCGCAGUCUGUACCGGAAGCUUUAGUGCGAUUUCUGCCGCCGAUUUUGUUUCGGCCCUCCACCCCGGCUGGAAUGUCGGAAACACUCUUGAUGCUGUUCCCGACGAGGGAUCCUGGAACAAUGUUCCAGUGGUGGCAUCCACGUUCGACACUGUCAAAGCUGCUGGCUUCAAGAGUGUCAGACUCCCAAUUACCUGGGCCUAUCACUUCACAGGCAGCUCUCCGGAUUGGACAGUUGAUCCGGUUUGGCUUCAGCGAGUCUCUGAUGUUGUUGAUCAAAUCGUAGCCCGCGGUCUUUAUGUCGUUGUUGACGUGCACCAUGACUCUUGGGUUUGGGCGGACGUCAGCCAAUCAGGGGCUGACUUGGCCAUGAUUGAAGAGAAGUUCUAUAAGCUUUGGUAUCAGAUCGGAACCAAGCUGGCCUGCAAGUCUAGCCUUGUUGCAUUCGAGCCUAUUAAUGAGCCUCCAUGCAACACUGCUACUGAUGCGGCUGAAAUCAACAAGCUGAACAAGAUCUUCCUCCAGGCUAUCAAUGAUGCCGGUGGUUUCAACUCGCAGAGAGUUGUUACUCUUGUCGGAGGUGGCCAAGAUAGCGUCAAAACUGUUGAUUGGUUUGUUGCACCUUCUGGCUUCUCUAACCCAUACGCCAUCCAGUUCCACUACUACAGUCCUUAUGCCGACAAAGCGACUGUCAAAACCGACUUUGAGUUGAUUCGCAACAAGUUCCCUAACGUGCCACUUCUCUUGGGUGAAUAUGAUGCUUCACCCACUAACACCGAGCCUGCUGCUCGUUGGAAAUAUGUGGAUACUCUGAUCAGGACUGCAGCCAGCCUUGAUAUUUCCUGUAUUCUGUGGGAUAACGGCUUGGACCACUUGGAUCGAACUACUAGUACCUGGCGGGAUACCAACUCACUCUCAAUGAUCACCAAAUCCACCGCAUCUACCGCGAACAGCUUGCCGGAUAGCACAGAGGAUGGUUCAGCGACCACCCAGUCCUCAUCGGCAUACAUCUUCCACCAAUAUGGAACAACAGUCACCGCGCAGACUCUUCCAUUCAUCUUCAAUGGCAACACUCUGUCAUCCAUCAGUGAUUCAACCGGUGCCACUUUGACAUCGGGAACCGACUACUCGGUUUCUGGCGCAAACAUUGUUUUCACAGCUUCUUACCUAUCAAAGCACCUUUCAUCCACCACAGCACCGGGAGUCGUCGCUACUUUGACCUUGAAGUUCUCCGGAGGUAAUUCAUCACCGACUAUUCAGAUUGUCCAGUGGAAGACUCCCACCUUGUCUUCAACCUCUGCAGCUGCCUCAUCAGUAUCUGGCUCAGACCUUUCUAUCCCAAUCACCUGGGGAGGGCUCAAGACGAUCGCGGCCGUCAAGGUUCUCACCAAGAGCGGAACAUACCUUGUCGACGACUGGACCAACUACUUGGGUCCCCUUCAACAAGCAAGAGCAACAUACAGCGGUCAUUACAACUGGGAUACUUCGAAUGUGAUUCUCACCUCCUCGGUUAUCAACUCUGUGAUUUCCGCUGGGCAAUCUACUGUGUUCACUUUUGAGUUCUUCCCCCGCGACAACGGUGCUGUCAAUGCUGUCAACUUCACUUUGACGGUUUAA